CCUUUCUCCAAACACGUUAAGUUAUUCAGUCUAGUUUUUAGGUUAAGUUUGUGUAAUUUGUCAUUAUUAAAAGAUUUACAAGUGUUGGGUGAGCAGUAGCAGAUUAUUAUGGCUGAAUCUGUAAAAGUACAAGAAUACAAAGAAGAAGUAAAGAAACAGGCUGAAUCAUUAGUACUCAAAGGAUUUCCAGAAACUAUAGUAAAAUUGAACAAUAUCCUCGAAACGUCUCGCUUUAAAAACAGAAGCUUCAACGAUGUUCAUCAAGACUUAAAUAUACCAAUACCAGAUCCAAUCAUCUUGAACAGUCACAGUGAGCAGCCAGUUGCAAAAAAGGCUAAACUUGACCCCAGCCUCAACCAGGAUGGCACUAAAGUUAUGAUUCUUCCUACUGGUGUAGUUUCAACCAACAAAAAUAUAGUAGAGUUGAUAGAACAAGUAAAACCUCACAUUAGGAAACUCGUGGAAGACUCAAACUUGAUAAAAAUGUGGAUUUCAUUUAUGAUUCCAAAAAUUGAAGAUGGUAACAACUUUGGUGUAUCCAUUCAAGAAGACACAUUGGCUGAAGUGCAGUCGGUGGAAUCUGAAGCUGCUGCAUUCUUUGAUCAAAUUUCCCGGUAUUAUGUUUCCAGAGGUAAAUUAAUUUCGAAAGUAGCUAAGUACCCCCACAUAGAAGACUACAGAAAAUCAGUACAAGAACUGGACGAAAAAGAGUAUCUUAGCUUAUGGUUAGUGAUGUCUGAAAUCAGGAACAGAUACUGUGCCCUACAUGACAUUGUUCUUAAAAAUCUCGACAAAAUUAAGAAGCCCAGACCUUCAAAUGCCACCGAAUCUUUGUACUAGAAUCAAUAAAAAUUCAUUCUGUCGUAUUAAAUUUAUUAUUAAACAUUAACUAGUUGGAGUAUCUGGCAUGUAUGGAAGGUUUUCUAAAAGUAAACAUAUUUUCUUAAGAUUUGAGUUGACAUUUUCAUGUAUAUUAUUUUUGUCUUAGGGUAGUUGUUCACCAAACAUUUUUUGACAAUAAAAAUAGGCGGAAGUCUCAGA